AUGAACGCAAAGAAGAACGUGCUUGUUAAGUUGAUAGUGGGUGCAGGACAAGCAGCCCCUGCUCCUCCAGUUGGUCCAGCGUUGGGUUCCAAAGGUGUUAAGGCUAUUGACUUUUGUAAAGAAUUCAAUGCUAGAACAGCCAAUUUAAACCCCGGUACUCCUAUUCCAUGUCUUUUAACCAUUAAACCAGAUAGAUCCUUUACAUUUGAAAUGAAGAGUCCUCCUACUUCAUGGCUUAUUCUCAAAGCUGCUGGAGCUUCUAAGGGUGCUGAUACACCUGGUCUGCAGAGCGUAGGUAGGAUCAGUUUAAAGCAUGUAUAUGAAAUUGCAAAGAUUAAAAAGACUGAUGAAAGACACAAGCAACUAGAAUUGAAAGCCAUAUGUCAAGCCAUUAUCUCCACUGCUAAGGCUGUUGGUGUUGAAGUUGUGCUUUAA